AUGUCAUCAAGGCUCCCCGGGCGUAUGCCUGUUAGUGUUGCUCCAAGGCCCCAAAGGAUACAACCGAUGAGGAGAGCCGCCGCCACUAUGAAGAAAUUCGACCCAACGAAAAGAGUCGCUCCAGCGGCAACUGUCGUCCCACCGAAAAGAGUUGCCGUUGCGAAAAAAACAGCUCCAGUAAAAAACACCGUAACUGUGAUAAAAACUUCAGGUCAUCCAGUCGAGUCCAAGACGGUGCCUAAAAAGGAGACGAAAAUCAUGGAAAAAGAUAAACCAAAACCAAAAGUGGAGGACCAUAAUGUGAAACCUACGCCUGAAGGACAUUACGAACUAAGCCCGACAAUGUCGCGUGCAUUGGAUUCUGAGCUAGAAUGCAUAAUGAUUAAGGUGUGGCAAGAAUUCCCCGACGAUCCAACCACGGAUGAGGAGAAACUCGUUGCUGAAAAGUUCAGAAAUGAAGCCGGUGACGAUCUAAGAAAUAUUUUAGGAUUAAGUGUGACAAAGCGAUUGUUAAAUCUUCACGGCUCUUUGUUUGUUAAGAUUCAAUUCAUGAAGCGACCUGAGCGAGGUACCUUAACAGAAUUUAUCAAGAAAUAUAACUUCAUAACCUUCAAACGCGUCGAUAAGGGGGUAAACGUGUUCGUAGCCCAACUAAGCAAUAUCACUGAUUUUGAUCGCCUUUGCACUCCUAAACACGUUUAUUGUGGUCGAGACAGAGUAAAAGUGACACCGUGUUAUAGUUUUACACACUGCCCGUCAAACUUGAGAACAAGUUUCAGCGACAGAUACGGAGAAGAGGAAAAGAGCAAAAAUAUUGGUGCCUCAGAAAAUAAGACCGAGUCUACCGACCAAACUGCUGAAAAUAAUAAAACAGCAGAAACAAGUGAGAAAGGAGGAACAAUUGAAGCAAAAGAAAAUAAAUCUUCAAUCACUAAACCUUCCGAUACUAAACCUUCCGAUGCUAAACCUGCCGAGGUUAAAACUGAAACAGUCAUAAAAACGACCGAGAAAAUAUCCCACAUAAAAGACGACGUCAAAGCAAUAAAAGAUCUAAAAACAAGCUUGAUUGAGAACGAGAAAUUAGAAUCUAAAAAUGAAAAUACGCAAGAUAAAAAUAAAAAGACCCUUAAACCUAAAGAACAAGAACCAUCUUCAUCAAUCAAAACCAAAGAACAAACAAUUAAAAAACCAAAUUUAAAAAAGCCAAUACUGACAACAAAAGAAGUCAAAGGUAAUAAAAAUAUUGAUUUGAUAGAUAAUCUAGACGCUUUCAUGGAUUUUAAUGAGGAAGAUCAAGAAGUUAUCUCAGAGUAUAAAUAUGACGAUGAUGAAGAAUUGGAUGACAAGGACAUUCUUGCAUUAAUAUCAGAAGGAAUAGUUCUAGACGAGUGUAGUGGUUCAGAGGUAGAGUGA